ACAGUUGCUCAGAGUUCAGUUGGAUCUGGGCAGUACAGAAUGAUGCAGUCCGGCUCUGUGCUGCUGUGUGCUGUGUUUAUAACCUGCUUCUGUUACUGCGACUCCAGUUUAGACAUUUCUGUGACCCAGACUCCAGAUGAACUCACAGUGGAGGAAGGACAGAGUGUGAAAAUCUCCUGUUGCUGGAAUAAAAUCAUCCCUAAUAUUAAAGUGAGGUGGAUUAAACCCAACCAGACUAAUAAAGACCUUCCUACAGAAAUCCUUAAUAAUAACUGCUCAGUUUUCUCUAUAAGAAACGCCUGCAGUAAUGAUACAGGACUGUACAUCUGUGAAGUUCUACAAGACAUUCCUGUACUGGUUACUGUAAAAGGAAAAGGGACGACUGUGAGACUCCUGGAAAAAAAGACAAUGCAAAUGUCACGGAAUGACCCAGGCAGGGUGACGAGGAAAGCGGACACAAGUGCAGCAGAGGAAGUUAAUCCACCAGCAGAGAAAGACUCUCACAAACCACCCAGUUCUGAAAAAAAUAAAGAGUAUAAAGUCCAUAUUCCGGACGACGUCCUGAUCUACAUCCUCCGGUGCCUGCCCUUCAUCACUCUGCUCUUAGCGGUGUGUUAUCUCAACCGAGAUACCAGCAAGAAAACACGGACUAAAACAAACAGAGAGAAUAUCCUCAACCCAAAAGAGCUGGAGGAGGAGGAUGAAGAACCGGGAGAAGAACCUGAGCUGAAUGAAGAACCAGGAGAAGAAGGAGAGCAAAGAGAAGUGGCUGCAAGAAGAGGAGAACCAGAACCGGAAGAGAGAGGAGAAGAACCAGAGAUAUCAGAUAAAUCUGAUAAAAUGAUAAUGAUCAGAUAAAGGAUGAAGGAGAAACUGUGUCUCUGAUUAUUUAACCCUUUCAGACUUUGCAUCCAUUACAAUUGAUAUCAUUUAUUUUAUUGAUUUUUACAUGUCUUGUUGCACAUAACACUGUUAAAAAUCUGAAUAAACGAAUGAUAAUAAGCUAAUGAACAUGUUUACAAACCAAUCAAAUAAACAGUAACUUAGCCCCGCCCACUGCACUGCAAAACCACUGGAAAAACAGUAUAGUAAUAGAGUUAUAGUAGUUAUUGAGUUACACUUUUUAAUCUUUUUUUUUUUACUGUUUAGGGAUGUUUGAUAAAAUAAAAAGAUCAAUAAAAAUAUAAUAUAUUAAACACAAGCUUCCAAUGCAGUGAAAAUAAAAAAGCUAUAAAUCAUUUGCUAUAUAGAUUUUAUACAAUAAUAUUAGAAUGUUCUUUUUUGUGCAUUAC